AUGGCAGCACGAUCAGGGGAGGAUCUAGCAGCUACUCUGUUCGCAGAUAUACAUUAUUAUUAUGGACUGCCAACGGCAAAACCACCUCACCACAGAUUCGAUAAAAGCUCAUAUGUCUAUCUUUUCGAGAAUGCAAGUCAGAGAAGGGCUCGACUUGAAAUAGCUAAUAAUGCCGGCACUCCAGAUCAAGAUGCUUUUACUGGCCACCUCGACUCCGCUCACGUCAAAUACUCUUAUAAACACACCACACUCGUCACUUUGACUGUAGAUGGACCCAAUGGACAGCAACAAAAUAGUCCCAUUGAUGCACAAGAAUGGCAUUUACCAACUUUUGACCCUCGAAAUGAGACCAAAUACAUGUACAGACUUCACACUAUUGAUUUAUACUUCUGGAGUAAAGAAGAUGCACUCAAUUUUGUGAAUGGAGUGCGGAGGGUCUUACCACAACAUCAGAUUACAAUUGAGGAUGAGCCAAUACUACCACCAUCUCACGCGGAUGAGAUGAGUCCUGUGGUUCAACAAUUGGAAAACGUAGCUAUCUCGGAUCCUUCAUAUCAACAUGGUAGGACCAAGACAUCUCGAACUUCUCCUCCAGCUGCUAUAAAAGUCUCAUUUCCUGGACCCCCGCCUUCCUCGAGUCCACAGUCACAAGCUCCUGCUACUACUUUUGCCCCGAUGGCCUAUAAUCCAGCUGCACCAGCCGCCCCUGAAGUUAUCCAGCAUCGGGAAAAGACACCUCCACCCGAAGAUGGAGCUGGAAAUCCACUUGUGCAUGCAGCAACUUCAGACCAAGGACAAUUCUCUCCGCCCUCACAAUUUCAGCAACAUCCAGGCUUUUCGGCAACAGCCCCACCACCACAAUUUCAAAGGCAGCAAACUUUCCCCAUGAUGUCUCCACCGCAACAUUCGGCGCACGGACAAGGUAAUUUCAAGGCAGUCACUCCACCACCCCAACAUACCAAUACCCCUCCGAACUCCAACUACCACGCUGGCUCUGUCCCCUCUACGAACGUACUUCGUUCCCCAUUUUCCCCACAAGUUGCACCUCAAAAUACUUCAUUUGCACCUCCACCCACAUCAAACUCUCCUAUCACUUUCGCACCACCACCCACUGACAAUAACCAACCUCUCGCAACUCCCACGGGCCCUGCACCACCCGCCUACUCCUCACCCCCUAUCUCACCAACCCAAGGGCCCAUAACCCAAUAUGCGACCUUCCCUUCCACCAGCUCCUACCCAUCCCACAACCUACCUACUCCAGGCCUCUUUUCCCCUGGUUUCGCCCCACAACACCAAAACCCUCCCGUUUCCUCUCCCGCCCCAGGUCUCCAACCUCUAUCCCCUCCAGGAGGUUUUGCAAACUAUACGUAUACGGGUGUGCAAAACAGUUUUGGAAAAGCGUUGAUGACACAAAGUGAUUACAAUAUUCAUCAACAGGUUUAUAGACCGACUGAAAUAGAGGCGGAGUUAAAGAAAAAUGGGAGUGGAAAGAAGAAGAAGGAUGCGGAAAAUGGGAAGGGUAAGGAAAAGGGACCUAGAGGGAGAUUGGAAGAUAAUGCGGCAAGGUUGGAAAAGGGAGUUACGGGGAUUUUAAAGAAGCUUGAGAAAAAGUAUGGAUAG